AUGUAUGACAGUAUAUCAGAGCAAGGAUUUAGUAUCGACAUUAGGCUUUCUAAUUUAUCUUUGUCUGCGUAUACAACGCUCCGAGAAACAGAGUGGCAAACAAUUCAAGCGACACAAGCGGAAAAAGAAGUGGCAGAACCAGAGCGUGAGCACGACGCGGAACUUCUAAUAGAAAAUAUUAAUUGCAAUGAUCCGUUGGAACUAUAUGAACUAUUCGUAACCGACAGCAUUAUUCUACUUAUGGUCCAACAAACAAACAAAUAUGCCAUGGAAAUUGGCACUGAUAAAAAACAUCAGACCUCCUGGAUACCUGUUUCAAUAGGCGAAAUGAAGGCUUUUCUCGGUAUACUAUUAAUUAUGGGUGUCGUCCAAAUGCCGGACAUUAGAUUCUAUUGGGCUGAGAAUAGUAUGUACGGCAACGAGCGGAGCAUGAAGCGCGAUCGUUUCUUGUCCAUUCUAAAGGAUUUACAUUUUGCCGAUAAUGAAACAUGCACACUUGAGGAUCCGUUGUACAAAAUUAGAAACUUUAUGAAAUACAUGCUUUCAACAUUCAAAAAUACUGUAAAACUGGGGAAAACUGUCGUCAUAGAUGAGAGCAUGAUUUUAUGGCGCGGACGCUUGCGUUUCCGCCGAUACGUAAAAGGAAAACGCCAUAAAUAUAGGAUCAAAUUGUACAAGUUGUGUUUACCAAACGGUUAUACAUAUGAUUUAGAAGUAUAUAGCGGAAAAAGCUCAAUAUCUUCGACGAAUGGCCAUUCAUAUGAUGUUGUAGAAAAACUAAUGAAUGACUUAAAAUUUGAAGAACAAACGUACUUUUGCGGCACAGUGCAGCAGAACCGAAAAUUUUUGCCGGCAGAAGCAAAAAAAAAGGAAAAACGUGGCGAAAUUCUCGCCAUGGAAAACAGCUCCGGCAUCAAAUGUGUAAAAUGGACCGAUAAAAGAACUGUCUUCAUGUUAACGACAUGCAAAAAUCAUAAAUGCAUACUAAUUGAAGGAAAACCAGGAAAAAUGAAACCACAUCUUGUUUUUGAUUAUAACAAUGCUAAAAAGGGUGUCGAUUUAUCGGAUCAAAUGGCAUCUUAUUACAAUUGCUUAAUUGUGAAAUGGGAAAAAAUUAUUGAUAGAUUAUUAACAACUGAAAAAAUGUCAAUAAGGCAAAUAAAGGAUAGCAACUUUCAUUUUGUAAAGAGAUAUAUCCAGGCAUUGCAAGAAAUGUUCGCAAGCACUGCAGGGAAUGUUACAGAAAAUUGUCAGAACCCGUCAUAG